AUGGCGCGUGAUCAACCAACGGUAUGGCCGGAUUUGAAAUCCCGUGGAACUUCUCUUCUGGAUAUAUUCAACAGCAAUCUACCGGAUCCAGCUUCGGGUGACGCCGUGAGGUCUACUGUUAUUGGAAAAGCAUUAGACAUUCUCUCACGCAUCCAUGGAGCCUUCACAGCAGAGGAAGAGAAGCCACAAGUCAGCCACGAAACAGAGGAUGUUGCUCUAGAAGAUGCAAAGCGCCGCCGGAUGCUCCAUGCACUACUGGAUCUCAUCUCCUUGGAGGGCAUUUACCCAUCAUUAUCAACCGGAGUGGGAAUACCUCUCCAGCAGAGAGUGAUUUCCGUUUUGCCCGCAGGAGUUAUUGCCAAACAGUCUGAUGCGCCUUCAAGUGGCAAACCUCAUGAUGAGUUGCUAUUAGACCAUAUCAUGCUCACGCUUUCUGAUAUUACCCUUGAUACAAGGCCUAGCAUACAGCCUGUUGUUCGUGGCCGGAUCCUCAGCGACAUCAUCAGCGGGUCGUUGGAUUUAGCGUUCAAUUCGAAGUGUAUAUCCGCAGAGAGGAGGGGUUUUUAUCAGAAAGUUUCUUCCAGGAUCAUUGAGGAGACCCCGAGCUCCGUUCUCUUGUCAACGUUAUCGGCCUUUCUCCAGUCUGUUACUGCGCCAUGGUUCAAGGUAAAAGUCUCCGGCUACAUAUCCCGCGUUCCUCUGCGCCAGGAAGGUGUCCUGCAGACGAUCCUCUUCGUCAUGUCCCAAUUCGCGCCUUCGCUGGGUCGUGAAGUGCAAGGCCAAGCAUCUAACGGACCGCAUUUCACCGUGCAGGCCAUCAUGCACGUCUCCCGGCUACUAUCUUCUGUCCCGCAAGACAUGGACCCGGUUGUUUACUUUUCUACGAUUGCAACUCAACUGUUAUCAUUGCUUGACGGAGAUGACCAGGAUCUGAAAAAGACCGCAUCAUAUGUCGUCAGCAGUGGAAUUUUGGGCAAACGGGCAUACGGGGCACCUGGGACUAUAGGGCAUACGAUAUUCGUGGAACCGCUCUUCAAAGCUCUUACGGCAGAACUUGAUAAUUCUGCCAGACGAUGGAUGACUACUUCUGGCGAUGCAAGUGAUGAUUCUUCAGGUCAAACUCUCACUGAUGGGUCCACGCUACAUCUUGCUAUCGACAGGCUCAAGACCCUGACGCUCCAGCAUCCGAACCCAGGACUCGUGAAGAGACUCGUGUAUCCUAUACUUGUCCCACUCUGGGGACUAACCUCUUUCGCCGUGGAACAGCAACAAACGGCUAUCCAUGAGAGCGUUAUGGCGUUGCUACAGACAUAUUUCGGUAUUUCUGUAGGAGUGCAGCCGCUCAAGAAACUCGUUGAUCACCUCCUAUGGAACGGAGGUGCUAAGUGGACAUACGGACUGGAUUCUAAAGGCCAGAUAUCGUUGAAAAAGCGCGAUCCGUCUCACAAGGAUCAAUUCAACGUCAUCCAACUCAUGGAUUCGUUACAAUCGCGUAUCGAGAUAUUUGUUAGGUUACUAGGAUCCGAUCCAAGUAGUGAAGAGCGAACUGGAGAUAUCUUUCUGUACGUGAGUGAGACGUGGCUCGUCAACGACUCCUCGGCACAGCGUCCACUGGAUCAAUUGCAGCUUCCUUCGGAGAAAGACGAAUCGGAAGUUAUUUUUCAGAAGUUGGUCAGCGCCAAACUAGCAGAGAAGCUGCUGGAUAACUUCAAGGAUACCCUCUCCCGUCGUCCUAUCCGGGUUCUUGAGCUCAUCAAACAGAUCAUUGACAGCGAAGCUGGUCGGGUAUCUACACGGACAAAGACGAAAGAUGUGUCUCUUUCAUCUUUGGCUAGCAUUGUCAACAAAGACGAAGAACAACCAGAAUCUUCAACCGAGAAGGACUCGACUGAGUCCCUAUCUACAGCAUUCAGUCUACUCUCUACCGUCUUCGCCUCUCCAGAAUUUGCCGUAUCGAACGAAACCCGACCAGUUCUGGAAAGCAUCAAAACACAACUAGACCUAUUGACACCACACCUACUAUCAUCACUCACGACACCAGCUACGACAUCAUCCAUGCUACUCGAGAUACACCUAACAUCCCCAGAGCACAUCGGAGCCAAACAAACACUGCCCAACGUCUCCGACCUAGACACCCACCGUCAAGCUCUAAAACACCUCAACUCCCACCUCCCACCAGUCCAAGCAGAAGGUUUCUCAUUGCUCUCUAACCUGAUCAAGAAAUCCUCACCAGUCCUCGAUAUCCCAUCUACCCUGACUCUCCUCCUAUCAAUCAUUACAAAUGAAACCGAAUCAGUGGCCAACGAGGAGUUCAUCUACCUAAACGCAAUUAAACUAAUCGGCACCCUCGCCUCCCGACACCCCCGCACCGUUGUCAAGACGCUCGUCGACCGAUACAUGGAUAAAUCCGAGACCGCGACUCUCGACCAACGGCUGAAAAUCGGCGAGUCCCUACUCCGUACCGUUCAGGAUCUCGGGGAGGCACUUACAGGCGAAACGGGAAAGAUAAUAGGUGAAGCUAUGGUAUCCGUUGCAGGACGACGAGGCCACAAACCGCAAGCACAAAAGGCUCGCAGAGAACAACUUGAAAAGGAACAGCGGCAACAGGAACGUGAAACCCGUCGCAGGGAGAAAGAAAAUGCCAUGGCACCCGGUUGGAAGGUCACUUCUGCCUCGAUCGCGGAAGAACUAGGGAAGCAUCUUCAAGGGCACGAAGAUGAAGAUGAAGAUGAAGACACCGAACCACCCAAGCAAAACGCCCACGCUGCGAAUAUCCUCUCCGCUUGGGCAGCGGGUGCCCAGUCGGAUGAAGAACCAGACGACCUCCGCGUCCGCGCGUCCGCCCUAUCUAUCCUCGCAUCUGCGGUGCAGACAAACCUUGCAGGCUUAGGUCCAGCAAUCACAUUUUCGGCUGUGGACCUCGCUCUCGCGACUCUUACUCUAGAACCAGGUGAUGAAUUCGCGAUUCUUCGUCGUGCAAGUGUGGUUCUGCUCCUUGAUAUCCUCAAGGCUCUCGACACAGCGCGCGAAACACGCGGAACGGCGCUUGGUUUCGGGUUCUCUCUUUCAGAAGAUCCUUCCCAGGGUGCUAAUGAUCCUGAUAAGGGCUCUGGGUCCACGAUCGGAAGUCUACCGCCUAUGCUCCGGACUUUGCAUUUUGUGGAGGGUCGUGAGACGGAUAGUAUUGUCCGGGGCCAUAUUCGGGUUCUGAUUGAGAACCUUGAGGCCUGGACGGAGAAGUCGUUGCUGUGGGGUAUUGGGGCACGGGAGACAGAUGCGGAGGAAAACGAGCCGAGAUUCGAGCUGGGUAAUAGGAUUGCUGGGUUGAGCGUUGAUCCUUUGGCUGAUAGGAGUGCACGACCCAAGAUCGAGGAGAUUGAGUAG